GAUUAAUAGAAUGACGAAAAGAGGUUUAUUUAUUUUAUUUGAAGGCGCAGAUAGAGUUGGUAAAUCAACACAAGUUCAAUCCUUAACCAACCAUAUUUCCAACAGUAGAAAUCUUCCAACUAAAUCAUUAAGAUUUCCUGACCGUACAACUCCAAUUGGUCAAAUUCUUAACCAAUAUCUUCAAAAUUCUACAAAUAUGGAUGAUAGAGCAUUACAUCUUUUAUUCUCUUCAAAUCGUUGGGAAGCAAAAGAUUCAAUUUUAGAGUUAUUAAAUAGUGGUACAAAUAUUGUUGUAGAUAGAUAUUCAUAUAGUGGUGUUGCAUAUACCGCAGCCAAAGGUAUUGAUGUUGAUUGGUGUUAUAGUUGUGAAUCUGGUUUACCAGAACCAGAUAUUGUUUUCUAUCUUUCAAUGUCUACCGAAGAUGCCACUAAAAGAGGUGAUUACGGUGGUGAGCGUUAUGAAAAGAGACCAUCAUGGAAAGUUAUCAAUGCAAAUAGAACAGUUGAAGAAGUUUCAAAUGAAAUUAACCAAAUUUUUGAUUUUGAAUUUGAAUCACUUCAAAAAAAACCAAUUGGAACUUUAAAAUAAAUAACCCCUAAAUUGUUGUUAUUGAUUUCACAAUUUAAAAUUG